AUAAAAAAAAGAAAAAAAAACCUUCAUUUUCCGUCAAAAUUAACGUCUCUUCAAAUUUUCUGGGAAAGACAGAGAAAACCUCCUACUCCAGAGGUUACAAUAAUUCUUCACUUUCCAACCUUUCGAACAGAACAUAAUGGACCAAGAAGAAACCCUGGUUGACAAAAACUUCCCUCUCUUCUCCAAAUCCGCCAAAACCCUUAAACGUCUUCAAAACCCUAAAACUCCCAAAACGCAAAACCUUGACCAAGACCACAAUAUCCCCCAGAUCGAGAAAGAAACAUCGGUAAACUCUAAUCCCAACUGCGCCGCCAGCACCACCACCAUAACUUUAUUUUCGAACCUGGGUCUAGCCGAAUGGGCCGUCCAAACCUGCAAGGAACUGGGAAUGAAGAGACCGACACCAGUCCAAGUACACUGCAUUCCCAGGAUUUUAGAGGGUCGGGACGUGCUGGGGCUGGCCCAGACCGGUAGCGGCAAGACUGCAGCUUUUGCGCUGCCGAUCCUGCAUCGCCUUGCGGAGGACCCAUACGGGAUUUUCGCGCUGGUGCUGACUCCAACUAGAGAAUUGGCAUACCAGUUGGCGGAACAGUUCCGUGCCCUGGGUUCUUGCUUGCAUUUGCGGUGUGCGGUAGUGGUUGGGGGUAUGGAUAUGCUGACCCAGGCCAAGACCUUGAUUGGCAGACCACAUGUCGUCAUUGCUACGCCAGGAAGGCUUAAAGUCUUGUUGGAGGAGAAUCCCGAUAUCCCUGCUGUCUUCUCUAGAACCAAGUUCCUAGUUUUGGAUGAGGCUGAUAGAGUUCUGGAUGUUGGAUUUGAAGAGGAACUAAGAGUGGUGUUUCAGUGCUUACCCAAAAAUCGGCAAACUCUAUUAUUUUCUGCAACAAUGACGAGUAACUUGGAAUCAUUACUUGAGGUUUCUGCAAAUAAGGCAUACUUCUACGAGGCCUAUGAAGGCUUCAAAAUAGUGGACACUCUUAAACAGAAGUAUGUUUUCAUCCCAAAGAAUGUGAAGGAUGUUUAUCUUGUAUACAUUUUGUCUAAAAUGGAAGAAAUGGGCAUUCGAUCUGCAAUGAUAUUUGUCUCCACCUGCAGAACUUGUCACCUUUUGAGUUUAUUACUAGAGGAGCUUGAUCAGGAAGCAGCAGCAUUGCAUUCAUUCAAAUCCCAAUCUAUGAGACUGUCUGCACUACAUCAAUUCAAAUCCGGACAAGCGUCUAUAUUGAUUGCAACUGAUGUUGCUAGUCGCGGUUUGGACAUUCCUACUGUUGAUCUUGUUAUCAAUUACGAUAUUCCAAGGUAUCCAAGAGAUUAUGUUCAUCGUGUAGGGCGUACUGCUAGAGCAGGCAGAGGAGGGCUGGCUGUAAGCUUUGUCACUGAGAAUGAUGUAGAUCUCAUUCAUGAGAUAGAAGCUGUUCUUGGGAAGCAAUUGGAGCAAUUUGAAUGUAAAGAGAAGGAGGUCCUUUCAGAUAUUACGAAGAUAUACAAAGCAAAACGAGUGACAACAAUGAAGAUGAUGGACGAUGGGUUUGAAGAGAAAGCUAAGGAACGGAAAGAGCAAAAACUGAAAACACUAGCGGAGAAGGGAUUGUUGAGGAAAAAGAUCAGAAAGAGGAAGAGACAAAAUCCUGCAAAAUAGUGGACAAACUCAAUCCCAUAGCCUGAGCUACUUUUUGUGCUUUGAACUCAAAAAGAUGGGAGUUUUGUUUGCUCCUCCUCUCUACUCUCACAAUACAAUAGCUAAGAGAUUUCCUUUUCAUAAUCCGAAACACAAAUAUAAAUUGUAAUUUUUGGUUAAGUAUAAAUUAUAAUUAAUUUCAAUACAAUGGACCUUCCUAAA